GUUUGCUGGGAAACAGCUCUUCUUCCUGCUUUGUAGUUAUUCAAGGAAAGGGCUCCUCGCUGCAGCAGCUGCUGCUUCUACUCACUAGAAGCUACUGUUGUCAGAUCUACAUUUCUGUCAUGCUGCAUUUGAGCAAGGGCGACUUCGUGUGGGUGGACACUGGUGCUGAGGUGCCGAUCGGGGCAGAGGUCAAGGUGACAGACACGGGACAGCUUCAACUGAUCGACGAUGAAGGAAAGGAGCACAAGCUCAAGAAGAAGAAAGAGGGGAGCGUCCGGCCCAUGCACCCCACUUCUGUGAAGGGUGUGGACGACAUGAUAAGGCUGGGCGACCUCAACGAGGCGGGGCUUCUCCGCAACCUCCUGGUCCGGCACAAAGAGGGCACCAUCUAUACGUACACAGGCUCCAUUCUGGUUGCAGUCAACCCUUACCAGCUGCUGCCCAUUUACACCACUGAGCAUGUGCACAUGUACACAGAUCGACGGCUGGGUGAACUGCCGCCGCACGUCUUCGCCAUCGCCGACAGCUGCUUCUUCAACAUGCGGCGCAACCGAAAGAGCCAGUGCUGCGUCAUCAGUGGAGAGUCAGGAGCAGGAAAAACAGAAAGCACUAAGCUGAUGCUGCAGUUCCUGGCUGCGGUGAGCGGCCAGCACUCGUGGAUAGAGCAGCAGAUUCUUGAAGCGAACCCCAUCCUGGAGGCCUUUGGUAACGCCAAAACCAUCCGUAAUGACAACUCCAGUCGCUUUGGGAAGUACAUUGACAUCAACUUCACCAAGGGCGGAGCCAUCGAAGGAGCCCGUAUUGAGCAGUACCUGCUGGAGAAAAGCAGAGUUUGUCGUCAGGCCCCAGAGGAGAGGAACUACCACGUCUUCUACUACAUGUUGAUGGGCAUGUCACCUGAGCAGAAGAAGAUUCUGUCCCUUGGGAACGCUGCACAGUACAACUACCUGACCAUGGGAAACUGCACCAGCUGCGACGGCCGUGAUGAUAUUAAGGAAUAUGCCCACUUCCGCUCAGCUAUGAAGAUCCUCAUGUUCAAAGAGAAUGACUCCUGGGAAAUCUCCAAACUGCUCGCUGCUAUACUUCACCUGGGAAACAUUGACUUUGAGGGGACCAUAGUGAACAACCUGGAGGGCUCUGACAUCCUCAAAUCCUCCCACUUCAACAUGGCCAGUCAGCUUCUGGAGGUGGACCCUAAAGUGCUGGAGAAAGCCCUGACUCAGCGCUCCUUCAUGACCGCUAGGGAAAGUGUGACCAAGUCUUUGACCUGCGCUCAGGCUGUGGACGGACGUGACGCCUUCGUCAAAGCGAUUUAUGGAAGACUUUUCAUCUGGGUCGUUGACAAAAUAAACUCUGUCAUUCACAAAGCGGACGAGGACGCCGACGAGGCUCGGCACUCGAUCGGCCUGCUGGACAUCUUUGGCUUUGAGAACUUCAAGAUAAACAGCUUUGAGCAGCUGUGCAUCAACUACGCCAACGAGCAGCUGCAGCAGUUCUUUGUCCGGCACGUUUUCAAGCUGGAGCAGGAGGAGUACGCCCGAGAGAACAUCGUCUGGAAGCACAUCGACUACAAAGACAACCAAAGCACCCUGGACGUGCUCGCGAGCAAGCCCAUGAACAUGCUGGCGCUUAUUGAUGAAGAAAGCAACUUCCCACAGGGCACAGACAACACUCUUCUUCAAAAGAUGAAUCAGGUCCACGGCAAAGGCAAGAUCUACGUGUCCCCUAAGAACAACUACGAGACACAGUUUGGAAUAUGCCAUUUUGCUGGAGAGGUCUACUACGAUUCAAAAGGUUUCCUGGAGAAAAACCGCGAUGCGCUCAGCUCUGAUCUCAUUCAGCUGGUGGAGACGUCAACCAACAAACUGCUCAAACAGGCUUUUCAAAACGAGCUGUCCCUGAACACCAACACGAACAAGAGCAGCAACAACCCCAGGCUCACCCUCCACACGCCCAAGAACAGCCUCCGGCAAACCACCGACACCAAGAAGCGCGUCCCAACGCUGGCCGGCCAGUUCCGCCAGUCUCUGGACUCCCUGAUGAAAACACUGACUGCGUGCCAGCCCUAUUUCAUACGCUGCAUUAAACCCAAUGACUUCAAGAAGCCCAUGCUGUUUGACAGGGAGCUGUGCAUACGGCAGCUCCGUUACUCCGGAAUGAUGGAAACCAUCAAGAUCCGGAAAGCUGGGUAUCCAGUACGCUACACCUUCGAUGAGUUCCUCCAGCGCUACCGGGCCCUUCUCAGAUCAUCACUCUGUGAUCCCAAGACAGAAAGCAAAGAGAAAUGCUGCCAGAGCAUCUGUGAGACUGUGCUUGCUGGGGAGGGGGACUGGAAGACUGGCAAGACCAAGAUAUUCCUGAAGGACUUCCAUGACACCACCCUUGAGCUGGAGCGCAUGAAAGCACUGAACACCAAAGCAGUUUUAAUCCAAAAAGUACUGAGAGGCCACAAAUACAGAAAACAGUUCCUGAGGAAAAGGGCAGCGGCACUCGUCAUCCAGAAGCACUGGAGAGGCCACAAAGGCAGAAAACUGUACAAAGUGGUCCAGCUGGGCUUUGCCAGGCUGCAGGCGCAGGUCCGCUCCCGUCAGCUGCACGUCCACUAUAAGAAGCAGCGGCAGGCGGCCGUGGUGCUGCAGGCCCAAGCCCGAGGAUACGUUGCCAGGAAGGAGUGGAAACGCAAGAGAGCCGCCGUGGUCCUCCUGCAGGCGCACACCCGGGGCAUGCUGGCACGACGAGCUCUGCAGAAGAUCAAAAGAGACAUGUACCUCUCUGCUAGGGAGAAAGAGGAGGAACGCCGUGCAGCAUUGGAGCGACAGCAGCGCUUGGAGGAAGUGCUGAGGCAGAAGCGGGAGAUGGAGACCAAAGCCCGGUCCGAAUCCAUCACGGACCAGGAGAUGGUGGACAGCAUCUUUGGCUUCCUGCCCGCGAUGGUUGGAGGACAGGAGGGACAGGCACCUGUGGGAUUUGAGAACUUUGACAGAAAAAGGACGGUUAUGGAGGAGAUCGACAUUGAUGACCUCCCCAUGGAGGAAGACCUUCCCAAAGAAGACUAUGACGACCUGGAUGAGUACUCCUUCUCCAAAUUCGCUUCCAUGUACUUCCAGGGGGCAGCGUCCUACACCCACAUCCGCCAAAGGCUUCAGCAGCCGCUGCUCUAUCAUGAGGAUGAGGAGGACGUUCUGGCUUCACUGACAGUGUGGUGGAUUAUACUGAGGUUCAUGGGAGACCUUCCUGAACCAAAGAGGCAGGUUCAAGUCAGAGGAGCCUCCACACAGAUCCGCAAUCUGCCACAGGAGCUCAUCUCCCGAAAGGACAGGCGCCUCAGCCACAUGGUGGGGCUGGAUCAGAGGAUCCUAAGGAACAACAAAGCAGCACAACCCGCCGCCGUUCCAGAGCAGCCGGCACAAACCAGGAAGGGCUCUGUGUUCACAGACCUUCUGACAAAAAGCAAGAAAGCUGCCGUUCCAGGCGGGGAGUCGGCUCCGAACCCGAGGGCGUACACCGUACCAGACGGAGGCGCUCGGCCAAGGAAGGGAUCCACAUUCACCGACAUGCUGUCCAGGAACCGAAAACCGUUCGCUGUUCAGGAAAACGGCCUCCAAAAACCGGCCUCGAGCUUCAGGAAACCUUCGGUCAUCAUGGAGGAGUCUGAUGAUCUGACUGCAGUGGCCAGGCCUCCCACUCUGGACACUGUGAAGGAGAACAGCAAUGUCAUGAGUGGGGAGGAGCCCACCCUGGACCGUCCUCUGACCUCUCUGGAGAAGCUCCACAUUAUUGUGGGUUACGCCAUCUUCAGACGUGACCUCAGAGAUGAGAUUUAUUGUCAGAUCUGCAAGCAGCUCCAGGAUAACAACAAUCGGAACAGCUAUUUCCGCGGUUGGAUCCUGUUGUCCCUGUGUUUGGGCAUUUUCCCUCCAACUGAGCGCUUUAUAAAGUACCUCCAGAGCUUCAUCCGUUCCGCUCCGGCAGGCUACUCCGACUACUGCGCCGAGAGACUGCGGCGCACAGUGAUGAAUGGGAUGCGAGGGGAGCCUCCGGCCUGGCUGGAGCUGCAGGCAACCAAGACCAAGAAGCCCAUGGUCGUGUCGGUGACACUGAUGGACGGACGCUCCAUCAACGUGCCUGUUGACUCUGCAUCUACCUCAAAAGAAAUCUGCCAGCUUCUCUCCAACAAAGUCAAACUUAAAGACACGUUUGGCUUUUCUCUUUAUGUGGCCUUGUACGAAAAGGUGUGGGCUCUGGGCGGUGGGCGAGAGCAUGUGAUGGACGCCAUCUCCCAGUGUGAACAGGAGGUGAAGAGGAAAGGAGGGCAGGAGCAGCACGCUCCCUGGCGCCUCUUCUUCCGCAAGGAGGUCUUCACCCCCUGGCAUGACUGUAAGGAGGACCUGAUCAGCACCGACCUCAUAUACAAGCAGAUCAUCCAUGGUCUGAAGUUCGGAGAGUACCAGAGUGAAAAGGAGGAUGACUUUGUUCAGCUCGCGGCCAAACAUCUGUACAUCCAGCACGGCUCCGACGGCAGCGCGAGCCGUGUGAGGGAAGCCGUUCAGGAGUGCAUCAACAACUCUCUGCUGGAGGCCAAGUCAGAGGCCAAAUGGCUCCAAAUGGUCGGCGCUGCUCACGCUCAGGCUCCAUAUUUGAGUUCAGGCCAAAAGGCAGAUUCAGUAAAGGCAGAGAUGGUUGACUACGCCAGGGAGAAGUGGCCCAUGUUCUUCUCCAGGUUCUUUGAAGUUUCCAAAGUGUCAGGCCCUCCACUGCCAAAGAGCAAGUUCAUUGUAGCCAUAAACUGGACUGGUAUCACAUUCUUGGAUGAAAAGGAGAAGAGGCUCCUGCAGCUCUCCUUCCCUGAAGUGACAGGAGUCAACACCAUAAGGGAGGUCAAGGGGACGGGUCAGGCGGUGUGUCUGCGCACUCUGAAAGGGGACUUCACUCUAAGUGGCUCCACCACUGAGGACAUGUAUGAGCUGAUCACCAUGUUCCUCAGCGGCCUGACGGAGCGCUCUCAGUACGCCGUGGCCCUGAAGGACGCUGACACACAAGAUGACCCCACAUUCCUCAGCUUCAAGAAAGGGGACCUCAUUACACUCAUCAAAGACGAUGAGUUCUCCCCGCAGCGAGGCUGGGUGAAGGGCCAAACCGAGAGCACGAGAAGAACGGGGGCCGUCCCGAUCGAGGCCAUCUUGAUCCUUCCCACACUCAGCAAACCCACCUACGAGGUCAUGAGCCUGCUCAACAUGUCUCCAAACCAGAGGAAGGACAUCAUACAAGCACACAAGGAAACGGGCACAAUGGAGAGACUGGCUCCCGCCACGCUCAAGGAGUUCUCCGUCCAGUACUUCAGGCAGCCCAUUAAGGACGUGAGCCGCCAGGUGAUUUCCAGGAACGCUGCACCCGAGAGGCUGUGGGCUAACUCCAGGGAGCCCAUCCGCCAGCCGCUCCUGAAGAAGCUGUUAGGAAACGCAGAGGUCAGCCACAGUGCCUGUCUGGCCUUCACAGCCAUCCUGAAGUACAUGGGAGAUUACCCCUCCAAGCAGAUGCAGAGUCCCCUGGAGCUCACUGACCAGAUCUUUGGCCCUGCCACUCAACACGAGGCCCUGAGGGAUGAGAUCUACUGCCAGAUCAUGAAGCAAAUGACAAGCAAUAACAAUCGGUUCAGCAUGGAGCAGGGCUGGCAGCUGCUGUGGCUCUGCUGUGGCCUGUUUCCCCCCAGCCAGACUCUUCUGAAACACGCUCAGCGCUUCCUGGAGACCCGACGCAAACAGCCGCUAGCCUCCGACUGUCUGAAGCGGCUCCAGAGCUCCCUGAGGAUGGAGCCCAGGAAGCUCCCGCCGCACCAGGUGGAGUUAGACGCCAUCCAGCAAAACAGCACCCAGAUCUUCCACAAAAUCAACUUCCCCAACGACACAGACGAGGUAUUUGAGGUAGCGACCAACACCAGGAUCAAGGACCUCAUCCUGAACAUCGCCAACAAGCUCAAUCUGGCCUCAGCGGACGGCUUCAGCAUUUUUGUGAAAACCGAUGACAAGGUCCUAAGUUUGAAUGACACCGACUACUUCUUUGAUAGUCUGAGACAAAUCACUGACUGGUCCAAGAGAGCUAAGAGGAUUAAAGAUGGUGGGCCAGUCAGCAUAUCGUACCAUGUGUUCUUCAUGAGGAAGUUGUGGUUUAACGUGAUCCCUGGCAGAGACGCACAGGCCGAUCUUAUCUUCCAUUUCCCUCAGGAAAUGCCCAAGUAUCUAAGAGGUUACCAUGUUUGCACCAAGGAGGAAAUGAUCAACAUUGCAACUCUUCUCUUCAGGAUAAAGACCAACAAUGAUAAGAAUCAACUAACAAUGGUUCCCAAGAUGCUGAAGGAGCUGGUGCCUGUUGACCAGUUGAAGGUCAUGUCUGAAAACGAAUGGAAGAAGAAUAUUGUUGCCUGUUAUAACAAACAGGCCGGUAUGACUGCUGAGGAGACCAAGGUGGCCUUUCUGAAGGCCGUCAGCCGCUGGCCAACAUUCGGCUGUGCGUUCUUCGAAGUAAAGCAAACAUCAGAGCCUAAUUUCCCAGACAUCGUCCGCAUCGCCAUCAGCAAGCAAGGACUCACCAUCAUCCAUCCAAAAACCAAGGAUGUUUUGGCCAAUCACCCCUUCAACCGCAUCGCCAGCUGGUGCAGUGGAAGCACCUAUUUUCACAUGACUAUCGGUAACUUAGUCAAAGGCAGCAAAUUCCUGUGUGAAACCUCACUGGGUUACAAGAUGGACGAUCUCAUAACCUCCUAUGUCAACAUGUACCUCAGAGACCGGAGGCCAGCGCAGACCAGAGGCCAGCGCUUCAACAUCUGAGCAGCGACAGGCUUUAACCUACCUGAAGAGACAGAGCAAGAUCGUUUUUCUGUUUCUGAAAGUGCUCGAAUUUAUUUGUGCUCUGCAGUAAGUUAAAGGAAAUCUGUGCAGGAUGGUGCACUGAGGACAGAAAUUAGUAUCAGUGACAACAGUGUUGUUUGCAAUGAUUUAUGUUUACAGAUAUGAGAGGUGUCUUCAGAAAAUAAAACAGUUUUGGAGCUGCACAGGAAUAUUUGUUCUACAUAUUUAUUGAAGUUUAAUCAUGUAUUUGUGGAAAGGGAACUGCAUUUUGAGAAUCAUCACUUUUUGCACAUGACACACAACAUUAUAUUAUAGUGUUGUCUGAAGUCUUGAUGAGUGGAAUGAAAUUAAACGCAUGUGUUAGUGCAGAUAUCUAUGUAGAACUACUGACAUGUCUGUCAAGAUAUUGCUCCUUAGUUCUCUCCAGGGAACAUUUUAACCAGUGAUUCUUGCUUUGAGAUGAGAAAACGUUCAUUGUUGAGAAAUGAUUUCCGUUAUAGCAAUUAAACUAUUCUCUCAGUCAAGGGUGAUGGGUUUUAUU